UAGUCGCUCGUUGCCUGAAACGACCUGUGUUCGAUUUGAUCAAGCACCGUGUGACUCGCAUGGACCACAAUCUCUUUGACGUGAUCUGGCCCGCCCUGAAGCGGUACGGUAACGUGACGGGAAACGGCAGCAAGGUGAACACCGCCCGCUCAUACAUCAGCAACUCCGUGGACGAUGAUUACAACUACGGCGUGGUCGCACCGGACUUCGAGAGCUACGUCGUCUUCAUGGAAUUCUUCGAUCCCCUGAUCAGAGAAUUGCACUGCGUCAGCACGAGCGGCGACCUACCGGACCAUCCGCCGCCGCGUUUCUUUAACAUGAGCAACGAAGAAGCCGAGGUAGAAGGCCCGCCGGACACAGCGGUCAUCACCGCGCUCGAGCAAUAUGAUUUGGACCCAACCGGCAAGUUUAUCCAGGCGGGCGUUCUCGAAUGCACCCGCAACCUGGCCAAUUAUAGCCUCCCGUUGACCCUGACGGUGAAUCAACUGGAAGAAGUCGAGAGAGAGAUCACGAAUCAGCUGAUGAGCCCGGAAAUAAGUGAACUAAUGGCGCAGGGCAGCAGUGAGGAUGAGGCUGGUACAUACUUCACCCUCAAUGAGAUCCUCGAUCAACCCAGCCGGAUACGAGCGCAGCUGGCGGCAUCCGGUCUACUGUUGCCGAUCACGGAAUGUGAGUCAAACGAUGACCGUCGUCUCCACGGCAAGCAUUGGCCAUAUGGACGCGGCGUCUAUGUCACCACCGCCGGGGACCUCGCCGCCUGGGUAAACUUCCAGGAUCAUCUAAGAAUCGUCUGCCGUACCAACGAAAACCGACCAGGCCUGGUGGGUCGCGCCUACGUCCGAUUGGCAAAACUGAUGAGGAUGUUCGACCAGAAGCUGAACUUCAAGCGAGACCAAAAAUUUGGCUUUUUGACUUCCCGGCCGCAUGCCCUCGGCAACACCCUCAGGUUUUAUCUGAUCGUGCGGUUGCCUGAGCUGUCGAAGACACCUGAUAAUUUGCGACACCUGUGCGUGGUGCGUGGUCUCAGCGUGCGUGAUACCGCGAAGAGCGACAUGGUGAGGAUCGGCAAUCAGCAGUCGCUAGCGAUCGCCGAGCUGCAAACCCUCCAAGACUUCACCCGAGCGGUGCACAACAUCAUCACGCUGGAAAAGGAACUAGCGAUGAAUAACUCGAUGAAGAUCGCCAACAUGAUCACCGGCAUAUUCCGCAAGCGGGUGAACGCGUCGCGGGGACAAUCUCGCGGCCUCAAGACGUAGACGAAUUGUGACCGCGAGAUACAAUAUAACUAGAGCUCUUGAAGACGAUCUGCAAUCGUUAAUCUCCUCUUAGCGUCUGGAAAAUAAACGGGGAAAUUCUUCGAAAUAAACCAA